AUGGACUCUUCCCGCAUGCAGGAGCUCAUGAGCUCGUACUACGACCUCUCGGACAAGGAGGAGUCGGUCAACCAGAGCAAGAACAUUGACGCUCCGGGCUUCGUCGCCGACGACUACGUCAAGGGGAUGCUCGAGCGCAUGGGCAUGGACGACCUCCUUCGCCGCGAUGACCAGAUGAUCAAAGAGAUCAAGGAGCUCGACACCAACAUGCAGAUGCUUGUGUACGAAAACUACAACAAGUUCAUUAGCGCCACGGAUACGAUCCGCAAGAUGAAGACGAACGUCGAGACGAUGGAGUCGGAGGUCAAGCGCGUCGUCGAGAGCAUGGACAAGAUCACGCUCCAGAGCGAAAACGUCGGGAACGCACUGGCGCCCUUCCGGUCCAAGGUGGAGAAGCUCGUGGGCGUCCGCCGGCUCUUGAAGCGCCUUGAGUUCAUCUUCCAGCUACCCCAGCGUCUCAAGAGCGCGAUCAAGGCGCAAGAGUACGAGAAAGCGACCAAGUACUUUGUGAUUGCCAACCGCAUCUUGAAGCGCUACCAACACAUUGCCUCGUUCAAGACGAUCCAAGUCGAAGCCGAGCACAUCAUGGUCGGUCUGCGCACCAUCGUCCAGAAGAAGCUCGACGACGACGCCACGACUGCAGCCCAUGUCGAAGAGUACACGACGCUGCUCUUGGACUUGAACGUGAACGCUGUCGACGUGCGGCAGCGGUUUUUGCAGUGGCAUCAGCGUCAGUUUGACAAGAUGUUCGCGUCCUUCCAGCCAACCGACCAAGCGCUCCUGCCCGUCAUGACCUUUGUCUCGUCCAUCAGCGAGGUACAAUCUCUGCCUCUGGCAACAAGCAUUGAUAUUGGGCAGACGUUUGUACCGGUGUUUCACGAGACCGCGCGGGCGUUCCAGCGCAUCUUUGGCGCGCUCGAAGCAGCCGACCCCAACCACCGGCUCGCGUUCAACACGUGCGCCACCAAGUGGUACGAUAUGUUUGCGAGUCUCUGCGAGGCGCAAUGCCAGCGCCCGCUCUCGGCCUUUGUAAGUCCCACACAACGCUCUCUGUGGCCCGAUGACGAGGCCAACGCCAGCUCCAGUUCGGGAUCGAAUGGCUACGGCAUUCUCAUGCUUGUGCUCCAAACCUUCAUCGAUCGCACAGCAACGCUCGAUAGCCCCGAGCUGCCCCUUGCCGACGUGCGCGAACGAACACCUCAAGUCGUGGAAGCGGCGAUUCGGUACCAAGUGGACGCGUCGUUUCUCAGUCUCAAGCGCGAGUUUAUGGAGACCGUCGGGCAGUUCCACGCGCAGCUCCAAGCAUCCCCUGUCGUGCCGCCUGUCGCGUCCAAGCUCGCCAAGUCGUACGUUGAGCGCAUCGAGCAGACGCUGCAGCGCAUGCAGCCGCUGGUGGGCACCGCAGCGCACCUCGUGCCCGACAUGACACGCGCCUUGUCCGAUCUCGUACUGAACCGCUUUUGCGGAUUCCUCCAGUGGCUUGCGCGCACGUUGCUCGUGUACGUCGAGUCAUCGCGCGUGCAAGCGGUGCGUCGUGCCGAAGCCGUGCAAGCGAACGACGUCGCCGCCCCCGAUUUGGCCGUCACGCCGUCAUUCCUCGUCCUUCUCGCAUGUGUCUUUCGCAACUUGAGCGCGACAGCGAUUCCCCAUUGCAUCCAAGUGCUUGUCGAGUGCUUGCCCGUCUUUGACACGAUGGAUCCGGUUUUGCGAAACGAGAGCUCCAAGGUAGAUGCUGCGGGGCUGGUGGCGCUUGCGACCGACGCGUCGUCGGCCUUUUUGCAUCACUUGUGCAUCGGCCACGGUCUGCGCCUCGGUGCGACCUUGCGCAAGGGCAUGGAGGCUCAAAACUGGCUCAACGCUACCGAGCCGCGCUCUGUCCGCGCCAGCAUUGACACACUGAUCGACGACAUGGUGCAGAUCGCCAAGGCCACGGCGCAGAUCUUUGGCGAGCCGCUGCCCAACGCCCGCACGGCGAGCGGCGGCAUUCGCGACUUGCGCCGCCAGAAGACCAACCCGAGCAUGCGUCCGACGGGCAGCGGCGGACUGAAGCAACAAACGACGUCGUCGGGGCACCUCUACAUGGACAUUGCGCGCAUCUUUGCCAAGAAGAUCCAGGUGUUCCAAGGCGCGUCCUUUGCAUGCAACCUCGAUAGCGUCCUCGCCGCGACGUUCAAGAUGGCGUUCAAGGCGUGGGGCGAGUACGUUCGCCUGCACACGUUUGGCAAGUGCGGUGUCCAGCAGCUCCAAGUCGACACGGAGCUCCUCAAGUGGAUUGCAGCGAUGCUCGUCGCGACGGAGACCAGUCUCCACGAGCUCGACAGUUUGCUCACGGACGUGGUCACGAAUGCGAUCGAGCGUGCGCUCGAGCCUGGCCUCAUGGAAGAGAGUGUGCUCGUCGCCAUUGUCAGCACGAAGAAAGGCUCGAUGCGCCUGGAUCUCUAA